AUGGGCUCCCUUCGUCCUGAUCAAUCGGUGAUCAACCUCUUCAAGAUGUUGUCUGUUUUUGCUAUCGUCUUUCUAGCUACGAUUUACGCUUUCCCCAAUACUGCCCCUUCGUGGUGGGGGUUCGACAAGCCUAGUCAUGAAGAGCCUGCUUUCAUGGAGUGCAGCAAGUACCAGGAGCGGUCUUUUGGCUUCAACUGGGCAACUCUGGAGGAUGGCCCAAUUUCCACUUAUGCUGAUUUCAACUUCACCGGCUUCACCUCCAGCAGCACCUUUGGUACGGGAUAUGGAAAGAAAUCCAUCGUCAGCAAUGUCACCAAGUCUGGUGAAUCUGCCCCUUCUAUCUCAUCCCGAGAUCCCUUCUCCAUCAAGACCAUCUAUGCAUCGGCUUCCGAGCCCAUUGAUCUCAAGAUGCGUUUCAUGAUGCCUGACGGCAACCUCUGCCGCUUAAAUACUCGCGUUGGCGGUCGUGUCGCGGUCAUUCCCGUUGACAGUUGCGCCGGUGCUACUUCUCUCCGCUUUGAACUUGAUGAGAACAACAGGGCAACCCGUGCUAAGAUUGGUAUCUACAACAUCUUGUUCAACUGCGGACAGUUGAUCAUUCCGAGUGGCCCGGCUGUUGAGCGUUUCCCAGCGCGUGUAGAUAUGCGUAAACGUGGGGUUUCUUCGAUUCCCUACGUUGCUGGAACAAGCGGCGAGGAGACUACUACGUCUGCUGAUCCUGAGCCUACUGCCCCUACAUCUAGCCCGGCAGCUGAGACUGACAAUGGCAAUGCUGGAUACACCAACCCUGCAAACACCGAGUCUGUCAAUGCCAAUGCCAACGGUCAAACUUAUGGUGCCUCAGCUUCCAACCCCCUUGAGGUUGUUCCUCAGUCUGCUCCUACCCCCGCUUCAGCUGAAGCGUCUCCCAUCUCUACCAGCCCCGUUGUUGUUGUUCCAGGCAACACUGCCUCGAGCUCCCCCACAUCCUACAACGUUGUUAGCCCACAUGCUGCUGGUGCUUCGGCCAACGUGCAGAAACCAUCUUCGGUAGCUGAGAGUCCUUCUAGCUCUGUUGCUACCAACACUCCAUCGAGCUCAACCCCCUCGGCUCUUGUAAUCUCUCCAGUCGGCGCGACGACAAGUGCCGCGGCUCAGACUCACCGUAUGACAACAUCUACUGUGUAUGCCACCAGCGUGAUCACGGUCACUAGCUGUGCGGCUACUGUCACUGACUGCCCGGCUGAUUCUACUCGUGUCAUCACUUCUACCUUUGCCAUCUCUACUGCGGUGCACCCGGUGACGGACACCUACGCUAAUACUACUCCAGCGGUAAAGUCCACUCCUAUUGGAUCCAGUCCGAGUGGUAGCUCGCCUGAGAGCUCUCCUGUCACCUCGCCUAUCUCCUUGUCAGUUCCUACUCCGAACGCAACUCCAGCGGCCACAAACACCGUGACUCCAUCUGUUGCGGCCACUACCUCGCAGAAGUGGACUACGUCAACUGUCUUCACCACCCGCGAGAUUACGGUCACUAGCUGUGCUGCGUCAAUUACCAACUGCCCUGCUGAUUCGACUGUUGUGGUUACCUCUACCAUUGCACUUUCAACCACUAUCUGCCCUGUGACGGAGACUGAGACUGGAACUGCCACAGAGAAAACUUCUACCCCGCUUGUGCCCUCUAGUGUCCUGCCUGUAUCAUCUCCGGCUGGCUCUCCUAGCUCCUCACGUUCGACCAACUCGCCUUCUGUACCUGCUGCUAGUCCACCGGCUGGUUCUCCUCAUUCGGUUUCUGUCGCUCCCAGCACUACGCCGACUGGUAUCACUCCCACGCCCACUAAGUGGACUACGUCGACUGUCUACAGUACCAGCCUGGUCACCAUCACUAGCUGUGCUGCGACGGUCACUGAUUGCCCUGCUGACUCCACCACAGUUGUCACAAGUACAAUUGCUGUUUCGACAACCAUCUGCCCAGUGACCGAGACAGAGACUGGUACAGAGAAGACUUCCACUCCUGUUGGCCCUAGCGGUGUUUUGCCUACUUCUUCUCCGAUACAAUCGUCAUCGCCUUCUCCCGUUAUUUCACCCAGCAAUUCGCCUCAGCCUUCAGGGUCUUCUCCGGUUACAGUCUCGCCAAGUGCAGUCUCAGCCUCAACCACUAAGUGGACUACAUCGACUGUCUACUCUACCAGCCUGGUUACCAUUACUAGCUGCGCUGCGACAGUUACGGAUUGCCCUGCUGACUCGACUACUAUUGUCACCAGUACUAUUGCUGUUUCGACAACCAUCUGCCCAGUGACUGAGACUAAGACAGGACACUUGUCUACUCCCGCCGUUCCAGGAUCAACCGUGACAUCUACUCCGCUUACUGUUACCGGCACGUCGAUUUCUCCUGGUGUCAGCGCUGGUUCCACUCCGGGUGGGCCAGGUGGCUCGAUUAUCACUAUCGUGACUUACACUACUACAACCUGGUGUCCUGUCACUGCUACACAAACCUCAGGCACCCAUACCUACACUACGGUCUCGAGCACUCCUUCGGUAGUUGUUGUGACUUCCUCGUCCACUAUCCCCGCUACUACAGCUACGGCUACAGUGACACCUCCAUCUGGUGUUAGUGCUGGCUCUACCCCUGGAAGUCCAGAAUCAACCGUGACUAUUGUGACUUACACGACAACAACAUGGUGCCCGGUCACAGCCACUCAUACCUCGGGUACUUCUGUCAUCACUACCGUUUCGAGCACCCCCUCAGUGGUUGUUGUGACCUCCACAUCGACCAUCUGUCCGAAGUGCUCUUCGCAUGCUUCGACUCCGGCAACUAGCACUCCCGAAAUUACCUCCGCCAUAAUAACAUCCUCGGAGUCUGGCUCCGCAUCCACCCCUGAAACGACAACGGCCAAGGUUACUUCCGUGGAAUCCAGCUCGGUGUCUUCGUCGCAGUUCACUGCCUCCAUUCCUCUUACUGUGCCUUCUGGUGCUAGCGCUGGCUCCACCCCUGGUAGUCCCGAUUCAACUAUCACUCUUGUGACUUACACUACAACAACAUGGUGUCCGUUCACAGCCACACAUACCUCGGGUACUUCUAUCAUAACUACUGUGUCGAGCACUCCCUCGGUAGUUGUUGUGACCUCCACCUCGACUGUGCCUGCUACCCCCACAGCUACAGUGACACCUCCCACAAGUGUCAGUCCAAACUCGACUCCGGCCGUCCCUGACACCCCAGGUUCAAUUGUUACUAUCGUGACUUACACCACCACAACAUGGUGUCCUUUUACUGCCACACACACCUCGGGUACUUCUAUCAUCACUACGGUUUCGAGCACUCCCUCGGUGGUUGUUGUGACCUCCACAUCGACCAUCCCUGCUACGCCUACGGUAACAGUCACGCCUCCCACCGGUGUCAGUGCAAGCUCGACUCCAGGAUUCCCGGGAGACACGGUGACUACUGCUGUGACUUACACAAGCAUCACCACCCACCCGGUUACCAGCACAAUUGUCACCGGCGGUUCUACAAGCUUCCAAACUACUCACACCGUCUCUACGGUAACUUUAACCUCUACCUGUAGCGAAGAGUGCAGUGCAAGCCAUACUGUAACUCCAAGCGUCCCUGAACAGACAGAAACUCUUACAGAGACCACUGCUGCUGAGACUACUCCUGGAGUUCCAGUGACCGUUAUUCCAGUGACCGUUUCUGCUAGCUCUACCCCUACUCCUGAGGAGACAGUGACUGUUAUUACCUGGUUGACCACGACUUGGUGCCCAGUCACAGCGACGUUGACUUCUGGUGGCUCCACUCACACCGUGACUACAAGCACUGCGUCUACAGUCACACUCUCAUCCACAUCGACCAUCACUACCCCGGUAGUUAUCGUACCCACUCCUACUGGUGUCGAUUCUCACUCCACUCCUAACGCCCCUGGCUCUGGAUCAACUGUGACUGUGACCUACGAGAGCACCAUUUGGCACUCAUCCACGGCUACAUGGUCAUCUGGUGAUAGCAUUAGCACAUUCCUUACACACUCCCCGUCCACAGUCACAUUAACCUCGACCGAGACAGUGUGCACGGACUGUCCAAGCCCGGCCACCCCGACAGCACCUGCCUGUUCCGCGUCCACCAUUGUCAUGCAGUGCAUCAACACUUCGCUAAAUUCAACCAGCUGCGCCUCGGAUACAUCGUCCAACUGCUACUGCCCCAACAGCGAGUUCACCAACAAGGUCCAAGACUGCAUCAAUACUUCGAGUGUUUCCAAGUCAGAGAUCCAAGGUGGCCUCUCUUACUUCGCUGGUGUCUGCGCAAAAUGGGUUUCCAAAAACCCAGGUAUCAUGACCAACAUCCCGGCAAGCAUCACAUUGACUGGAGGUGUCUGCGCCCCCACGCUCCCUGCACUUAGUUCCGGCGCAAGCACUCCAACUGCUCCAGUUGUCCCCGCCACUACGAUCACGUACCGCACUUCCACCGUCACGGUGCCUCUGGUCACCUUCGUGACUACCACCGCCUGGGGUAGCACACCAUCCGUUGCAAUCGUUCCCUAUGUGACCGGUACUCCAACUGGUCGUAUGCGCCAUCCCCCCACGCCGAUCUGGAAGAGUACCCCCUACCGGAGUGGGAGCCCAACACCCUCCCCAAGUUACACGCCGUACUACAACUCGGCGCAGCCUGUGACUGAGUCCGCUCUUACGAGCGUUUUCCUAGGCAUCGCUGCCUCUUUCCUUGCGUUCUUCAUCUAG